AUGGAAAUUUUCAAGCAAUUACAAAUCAACAUUCCAUUCUCCGAAGCCAUUGCCCAAAUGCCAAAGUAUGCAAAAUUCAUGAAGGAUAUCUUGACAAAGAAGAAGAGACCAGAAGAGGAAGAAGUUGUUGUUCUUGAUGCCCAGUGUAGCGCUAUAGUAUCCUGUCUCCCUCAAAAAGCAACAGAUCCCGGACGAGUUACACUACCAGUCACCAUUGGUAAUCAGCACAUUGGGAAUGGAUUGAUAGAUCUAGGGUCAAGCAUCAAUAUAAUUCCUUUAUCAAUAGUGAAGCGAUUGGGAAACAUUGAGAUGAAGUCAACCAGAAUGACCUUACAACUAGCAAAUAAGUCCGCCACUCUUCCCUACGGUGUUGCACAAGAUAUGUUAGUAAAGGUAGACAAAUUCCUGUUUCUAGUAGACUUUGUUGUGAUUGAUAUGGAAGAAGAUAAAGAGUCACCAAUUAUUCUUGGAAGGCCAUUCAUGAAAACAACCCGGAUGAUGAUCGAUAUAGACGAUGGUAUUAUGAAGCUAAAAGUCCAAGACGAAGAGGUAUGCUUUAAUCUCUUCGACACCAUGAAACAACCUAAGGAUAAAAGCGAUUGUUUCCGCCUAGAUGUUACCGAAGAGGUAGCAAUAGAGGUAGCCAGUGAGAUCCAUCUUUCUAAUCCGUUAGAAAGAUCCCUUGUCGAUUCAAUUAAUGUGCUGACUCAAGAGGAAGAAAAGGAAAUCGAAGUAUUUGUGAAGGAACUAGAAAAGGGAGGAAACAUGAAUGAUAAGCAUGGGAAAGUGGAAACAUUAGACCCACCGAAAGAAGUGAAGGAAACAAAGAUGGAACUAAAGCUACUCCUAACUCAUCUGAAACAUGUCUUUUUAGAUAAGGAGUGA